CGCCCCCCAAAUCCCCCCCGUCUCCCGGUAUUGAUUUCCCCGCACGCGAAUCAGCGGCCGAUGUCCAGCGCGGCGCGCAGAGCGGCGAGACCUGCUCCUUCUCCCUCGGCGGCCGCCUCCCUCCCUCCGUCCGGUGCCCGGUGCCCGGUGCCCUCCGUCCGCCUCCCGCUGCCGCCGGGGACCAUGGCCGGGCGGCGCGGGGCCGCGGGCGGCCGGAGCGCCUGAAGUUUGCCCGGAGCGAGGGAUGAGCGAUGGAGCGGCCGAGCCCGGCCGGAGCCCCGCGCUGCUGCGGGAGCCCGGAGCCGCCGAGCGGGGCCGCGACGCGGCGCCCACCGGGGCCGAGCCGGGCAGCGCGCUGCGCGGCGGCGGCGGCAGGGACGUCGCGGCAGCCUCGGCCGUCGGCCCCGGCCCCUCCAAGGAGCGCGUCGCGCCCGGCGAGAGCCCCGCGGGGGCCGCCGAGGCCGACUACUGCCGCCGCAUCCUGGUGCGAGAUGCCAAAGGGACCAUUCGGGAGAUCGUCCUCCCCAAGGGCCUGGACCUGGACCGGCCCAAGCGCACGCGAACCUCCUUCACGGCGGAGCAGCUCUACCGGCUCGAGCUGGAGUUUCAGCGCUGUCAGUACGUCGUCGGCAGGGAGAGGACCGAGCUAGCGCGGCAGCUCAACCUCUCCGAAACGCAGCUCUCUCUCUGUCUCUCCUGCCCUUCUGUUCUUCCAGGGAGGGACAGAAGUGUCUUCCCGGCCUCCUGGGCUCGGGGAGGAGAGGUCAAGGUCUGGUUCCAGAACCGGCGCACCAAGCAGAAGAAGGACCAGAGCAGGGACUCUGAGAAACGCUCCACCGCCACCUCCGAGUCCUUCGCCACCUGUAACAUCCUCCGGCUCCUGGAGCAAGGCAGACUUUUAUCCAUCCCGGCCCCUCCCAGCCUCCUCUCUCCGAGUGCGAAUCCCGUCGGGAGUCCUGCCGGGAACGGAGCCGGCUUGGCCGCGCCGGGCACCACCUCCCCCGGGCUCGGCAGCGGCGGCAGCCCCCCCGGGCCGGGGGCCUUCAGCCUGCAGGUGCCGGCGCUGGCUUCGUCCUCCUCGCCGCGGCUGCCCGCCGCCCCGCUGCGCUUCGGCGGGCCCUUGCUGGGGAGCCUGCACGAGCUGCCGGGCGCCUGCGCUCUGGGCAGCUCCGCUUUUGAGCCUUACACGCGGCUGGAAAGGAAGGACAGUUCUCUACCCAGCAAGAAGCCAAGCCCUUAAAUAAAAACGAGUGUCAAAAGCGA